AUGAAUCCCGAAACUUUUGUGAAUUUGUUAUUUCAUUAUAUCGAAGCAAAUUUCGUUCUUUCACAAGAUUAUUCGUAUGUUCAUGUGCUUAUAAAUGGUAGCUCGGAGUCAGACAACAUGAUCUCUCAAUUUCGAAGUGGCUCUUUCGAAUCAUACACAGAUGUUCUCUUUGCAUAUAUUUGUUCCGAUAAAAUCGCACCUAAUAGUGAUUUCACGUUGAAUGGAAUUUUUAUUACUCGUUUACUAGUACAAAGACUUCGUGAAUCUAUAAAUCCUAAAUCUUAUACACCUUUACUGAAAUUAUUCAAUAAUUUUGAACCGCAACCCAAUUUUUGUAAGAUAACAUGCGCCUUUCAUAUAAGUAGAGUGCCUGGACGUACUAUGCAUUGGUUGUUGUCAUUUAUACGUGAUGAAGCUACCUGGUUAUUACAAUCUGAAGAUAGUAACAUUCUUAAUACUCAAGCUACACAAUCAGAAAAUAUAUCUUCUUUUUUAACUGAGCAAUUUGGCAAAAUUAAAAGCACCCUAAUGUAUGAGGAUCUCGAAUUUUCUCGAUUAGUGGAGGGAUUUUCUAAAGUUACAAAUACUCCAAUAGGCCUUGGUUUUACUGAUUAUGAAAUUCUUGCCGAACAAAAGUUACAGAAGUGUCAGAAUAUUCUUGAAUAUACUACUUGCCACCCGUCUGAACACAGAUUACUUCAAAGCAAGAUCAGAAUGUUGAUGUACAACGAUAUCAUUAAUAUGUAUUUGGAUCGUUUGAAGGUGGCGGAAUUGGAAAUAAAAUACGGUCUUAAAAAUAACCAAGAUAUUGGAAUCGAUCAUGAAGCACGAAUUGAUAUUUUUGACGUGUCUGUGACGGAGCUAAAGCAAUUAUUUGAUCAGUUUGUAUCUUUGGAGAAUAAGGAAAUAUUUAUUAUAUUAAUUGAGAUUGCUGAAUUAGUAACAAAUGUUCCAUUUAAGUUUAUAACACGAAUACUACUUGGCAUGCUGUUGCUUUAUCAAUUCUGUGUGAAUACUGUUCAAACUGUUGAACCGACAAAGACUAUCAAUUUUAAAGACAUUAACCGACUAUUCCUCGAUAUUUGGAUCAUUGCAUUCUCUCGGCUUUGUAUCAUCAGACCGUUUACAUCCCAACAAACAUUAGCAUCGGAUAUUCGUGAUAACCUUUUAACACUCACAACACUGUUUCUUUAUUCUUUUAACGUCUCUAUGCUAUAUAUAUGGUUACCACCUUUUAAUAACCUAAAAGAUGACACAUCGAAACCCCCUACGGUAGUUUUUACAUCAUUUUUGGAUAGCCUACUUAAAAUUUUUCAUAAAAUGAUGUCGGAUGAUGUUGAAAAUACGGAUAAUGAAAAUAUGAUUACAAUGAUAUUCGAGAAACUUGGAUUUUAUGUGCCAUUAGAAGUUUUGAUCCGAGAGUCGAAAGAUUUGGAGAAGAUCACAAGUAAAUAUACUUGGAUGGCGUUAUUGACAGAACGUCUUAAUAAUAUUAAUGAUCAAGAAUAG